UCGAUUCGCGAUUAGUCGCAUUACUCACGCUUGUAGCACAAUUUCGAGGAAACACUAGUGGCGCCUGGGAGCCGCGGAAAUAUUUAAACCCUCCUCUCUCCCCACCGCCCGCGCCCCGCGUGAGAAGAAUAGCCCACCCCCUGCGAGCGAUCAGCGCUGCGGGGUCCAGAGGAGCGGAGCGAGGAGCCGAAAACCAACUCCAAAACAGUCUUCAACCUCUAACAGCGGAGGAAGGUGCUCUUGAGAAGCGGAGCGUGGAUCGACUACUCAGGAGUGGGCUCCAUUGAUAAAGCCAGUGGCUUUGUAUCUUGGUGGCGGGGCAGGAGCAGCAAGGCACGGAACGGCCGUCGCGGAUACUCGUGAGAUGCACUCGGCCGCGUCCGGAGCGUUACAUAAGCUCAGAGUCCCUCCCGUCGUUACAUAACACUCGGAUUCCUGCCCUCAAACGCACAGUGCCGCGCGGCUCACCAACAGUCAUCGCACCGAUCCACACACGUCUUCCCGUUAAAUCCCCCCCACAUCCCCCCAAAGUGCCGCGAUACGUUGAAAAACCACCCCGAGUGCGGUUAAUAGUGUCGUGUUAAGUGUCGCCAGGAUGAACAGGAGCACGGAUACGGUGAAUUCGGCCGGUUCAUCGCCGGGAUCCGCCAAGUCAGUUAAGUCGACCGCGUCCGGGUCAGGCAAACAGAAACUCAGUUCGUCGUUCCGGAGUUCGCUCGGGCUGAAAGGGAAGUCGAAGAAGAAGUCGGAUAGUGAGAGCGAGGAUUUGGACGCGAGCAAGAAGAAGUUGAAAAAGGGGAAGCUGUCCAAAGGCGCGGAGGAGGUGUCGAGUUCCACGGAGACCCUCGACGAUAAGGGUAAGCGGAAGGGAUCGAUCGGUCGCAAGCUCAGCCUGGGGAAGUUGGGCAAACUGGGGAAGAAGGACAAGGACGCGCCGUCCCCGCCCAAGAACCCGGUCCCUUCGCCGCCGGACAGCGUAACGACGACCGAGGACGACUAUUCGGACGCGAGGAGUAACGUGACCCUGUCGGCCCUGUCGGACCAUUCGUCAGCGACCUCCUUGCCGCCCAGUGUGGAGGAGAUCGAAACGGAGACCGAGUUCCUCGACGCGGAAAAGUCCAGCCCCGACGUCUCGUUCAGUCAGAGUUCGACCACCCUUAGCGAGCAAAUGCUCGCCGCCGAGAAUCGCACCCCCACCCCUGUCGCGCCCGAGAAAACGGCGGCCACCCCGCCAAAAUCUCCCGCCACCCCCGCCCAAGCCCCCAAAACGCCCAACAUCAAAGAGCAGAUCCUAUCCAUCACGGCACCGGUCAGUGCGAAAAGGGAUUCCAGCCCAGAGGCUGCAAAGUUCGAGGAUAAGCCCACCAGUCCUGGACAGAAUGGAGCCAAGGCUGGAUCACUGGACAAACGAGAACUUUUAUUCAAGAUUUUAGUAAUAGGAGAGUUAGGAACUGGCAAAACAUCAAUAAUCAAACGAUAUGUGCACCAGUUCUUUUCGCAACACUAUCGAGCCACGAUCGGUGUUGACUUCGCACUGAAGAUACUCAACUAUGACCCUCAAACUAUUAUUAGGCUCCAACUUUGGGAUAUCGCAGGUCAAGAAAGAUUUGGAAACAUGACACGAGUGUACUACAAAGAAGCAGUCGGUGCGUUUAUCGUUUUUGAUGUGUGCAGGGUAGCCACAUUUGAAGCCGUGGUAAAGUGGAAACAAGAUUUAGAUUCCAAAGUCAUGCUACCAGAUGGAAAUCCAAUACCGUGUAUUCUGUUAGCAAAUAAAUGUGAUCAAAUCAAGGAUGGUCAGGGUAGCAAUGCAGCCAAGAUGGACGAAUUUUGUAAGGAGCACAAGUUUGCAGGCUGGUUUGAGACAUCAGCCAAAGACAAUAUAAACAUAGAAGAGGCAGCCAAAAGUCUAGUCACGAAGAUCCUACAGAAUGACUCAAUCAACCAUCAAAACGGCAAAGAAUUAAAACCUGAAGAGAAAGUAGCUCUGGAUAAUGCUUCUGAAAGUUCCAAAAAAUCCAAAUGUAUGUGCUGAUGAUCUUUCUUUUCUGUUUGUUUCUGCAAAAUAUCAUCAUGGAAAUAGAGAUAAAAUUCUCCUGCAUCAUGAUUCGCCGCUUUUUUCUCUCUCUUCUGCUUUAAUUUUCAACGACAAAACUGAGAUUGAAAUUUAAAACCAUGUGCCUGAUAAAAAAGCGAGCACCUCAAAAAGUAGAAUAAUUAAGUUAAAAAACCAUCCAAGCCCACUAUUCUUUGAAUAGUCGAGUAACUUUUCCUUCCAAACAAAAUGUGAGGAGAAUGAUGCAGCUCCGAUAUAUUUUAGGAAGGUACAAAAGUGAUGUAGAAUUGCUAAAAGAUAUUUUAAAACAAUAUCUACAGUAUUAAACCAACUGAGGCUUUUUAAUUUUAUUAAAAUGUUGUUGUUAUUUUAAUAUAAGCUGUGUAGUUAAGAAUCCGUACAAAUAAAUCAGCAUGACCAUCAUGAUCAAAAUAAUCAAUGUACUAAGAUAAAGUAAACAUCCAUGCAUGUUCCAUGUGUUCAAAAUAUUUUAUAUGUGUUUGUUGAUUCUGUUUUAUGUUGCGUAGCUAAUAAUUAAGAUUUUAAUUAUAUGAUGUAAAUAUUUGUGUUAAAAUUCCGUCUAACUAGAACAAAUACUGAGUCUAUUAACAAAUUAUAAGGUGCCUUUUUGUUUGAACGAAAAUGAAUUGAUUUACAAUUGGGUUUCAUAGCACAAGUCAACACUUGUGAUUCCAGCAAAGUGACCUCAUGCUGUUUUCAGGAGAUUAGUUUCUUUGGGUAAGCAGUGUCUGAAAAUUGGUUUUAGUGUUCUAUUAUGCUUAAAUUUCACUGCUGCUAAAGUUAUAUUUUAUCAUCUUACCUAUGUGAGCGAAUUACACAAAGAAUUGCUCUAUGGCACACACAUCGAAACUUCCCGUAAAAUUUACAAUAAAAUUAUGAGUCAUCACUUUCAAGCAGAAUUUGGUGCGUAGGUAAUCAAACUAAUUAGUCUUCAAACCUAUAUUUUAUUUAAAUGAUGAGAAAGAAUCAUUGUUCUGCCAUAUUACAUUAGUGGAGAAAUGUUAUCUAACUUUGAGAAACGUGCACUGUGAGAUUUACUGGUUUAGAAAAAUGUUGAAUAAUUUUUAUGAGACAUGCCAGUUUUUUGUUAUACAACAACCUUCAUUUGUUUAAAGUAGGUAACUCAUUUUAAAUAAACUGUUUUUUCCAGUUAA